AUGGCUUCAGAUCAACUGUCAAACACUUCUGUUUCCCAGUUUCUAUCUACUUUGAUCCCCACUCUUGUCAUCGCAGUGGUAUUUGUAUUAAUCUUCAUUUUCAUUCGUAAAACCCACAAGAGAGUUUAUGAACCCCGUGCAAUUGUCAAAUCACUACCAGAUGAUAUCAAACCAGAGGAAGCUUCUACCGGUCUUUUCAGUUGGUUAACAUAUCUUUUGAAACGUCCAGAAACUUUUAUUAUUCAAUACGCUGGUGCUGAUGGCUAUUUUUUCCUUCGUUUUCUUUUUGAGUUUUGUUGCAUUUGUAUAUUGGGAGCAAUCAUUACUUGGCCAAUCUUGUUUCCAGUUAAUGCCACCAAUGGUAACAAUAACCAGCCAAACUCAACUGUAAAAGGUUUUGACAUAUUGACACUUUCAAACAUACGUAACAAGUGGAGAACCUUUGCCCAUGUGUUUUUAUCCUGGAUCUUGUUUGGUGCCGUUAUUUUCUUGAUUUACAGAGAAUUGGUUUACUACACCACUUUUAGACACGUGUUGCAAACAACCCCCUUGUAUGACUCCUUGUUGAGUUCAAGAACACUCAUGUUGACUGAAAUCCCCACCGAAAAAUUGACUGAUGAUAACUUGAGAGGUUAUUUCCCAAGCGCAACCAAUAUCUGGUAUGGAAGAGAAUACAAGGAAUUGCAAAAGGAGGUGGAAGAAAGAACCAAAUUGGCUGGAAAGUACGAAGGUGCAUUGAACAAGGUUUUGACAAAGGCAGUGAAAUUGAAGAAUAAAUGCAUCAAGAAGCUGAAACCAGUUCCGGAACCAGAAGAUGAUCUUGACAAGUAUUUGAAGGAUGGUAAAAAAAGACCUACUCAUAGAUUAAAGUUUUUGAUUGGUAAGAAGGUGGACACUUUGAACUAUGGCGCAGAAAGAUUGGGUGAAUUGAACAAGUCUGUUAGCAAAAGACAAGCUGAGUACGCCACAAAUACCCAGUUACCCGCUGUUUUUAUUGAGUUUCCCUCCCAACUUGAGUUACAAAAGGCCUAUCAAGCAAUUCCUUACAAUCAAGACUUUAAGGGUGUCAAGAGGGUCACUGGUGUUGCUCCAGAGGAUGUUAUUUGGCCUAACCUUCAAUUGACUCCUACCAAGAGAAAGAUUCAAGCUGUUAUUGCCAACACAAUCUUGACACUUAUGAUCAUCUUUUGGUGUAUUCCAGUUGCUGUUGUUGGUGCCAUUUCCAACAUCAACUUUUUAACUGAAAAAGUUCCCUUUUUGAGAUUUAUCAACAAUAUGCCGAAAGUGAUUAUGGGUGUUAUCACUGGUUUACUUCCUUCGGUUGCGUUGUCGAUCUUGAUGUCAUUGGUUCCACCUUUUAUCAAAUAUAUGGGUAAAAAGUCCGGACGUAUAACAGUUCAACAAAUCAAUGAAUAUUGUCAGUCUUGGUUUUUCGCAUUCCAAGUUGUCAAUGUGUUUUUGGCCGUGGCUCUAGGCUCCUCAGCUGCAUCAGUUGCACAAGAAAUUGUCAAGGACCCAGGUCAAGCUCUUCAACAAUUAUCUCAAAGAUUCCCACCUUCGGUCAAUUUCUACUUUUCAUAUCUUUGUGUUCAAGGUUUGACAAUCAGUUCAGGUGUGUUGUUGCAGAUUGUUGCAUUGAUCUUGUCUCACAUAUUGGGAAGAAUCUUGGAUAGUACUCCAAGAGCUAAGUGGACAAGAUGGAACACAUUGGGUCAACCUGAUUUCUCAACCUUGUAUCCGGCAUUCCAAUUGUUGACGGUUAUUGCCCUUGCAUACUCGGUCAUUGCUCCAUUGAUUUUGGGAUUCACUGCAAUUGCUUUUGCCUUGUUCUACUUUGCAUACAUUUAUACAAUGGUAUAUGUGUUGAGACCAAGUGCUGCCGAUGCAAGAGGUAAAAACUACGUCAAGUCGAUGUUUCAAUUGUUUACUGGUCUUUUCUUGGCUCAGCUUUGGAUCACUGCUAUCUUUGUAUUUACAAAGAAUUGGCCAUGUGUUGCUUUGGAAGGUGUUAUAGUAGUGGUUACAAUUAUUGCAAGAAUGUGGAUGAAGAGAAAGUUUUUGACUGUUGUUGAUGCGGUUCCAAUCUCGGCAAUCAAGUAUGCUGCGGGAGAUACCACUUAUUCUUACCCAAUGUACGAUCAAGGAUAUAAGGAGAUUCAAACUGAGGGCCAAAACUACUGGGAAGGUGGUAAUCAACUCGGAGCUGUUGGCGGUGAAGUACAUGACCAGGUAUUGCCUUAUAGGAACCCUGGUGCCGGUGCUAAUACCGGUGUCGCUCCAAACGCCCUUGAUGGCGAAUCAUCAUUGACCGACGCCAAAGCUCCAUUUGACCAUCGUGGAUCCGACUCCUCUGCAGUCGAUACAAGAGUUGCACACGCCGAUAAUAGUGAAAAGCCUUAUGGGUUGGAAUCUCAAGGUGACAAAGCUUCAAAUGUCGACCAUUCUGGAAGAAAGGAUGGGCCAUUCCAGGAACAGACUUCCGGCGAUCAUGAAAAGGGCAUUGCCGGUGUGGGUAAUGCCGCUAAAGGUAUUGCUGGUGCUCCAGGUAAAGGUGUUUCUUGGUUGAAGAUAUUUUUUGCUCCUAAAACUCAAACGUUUGAUAUGAUCAGGAACAUCAUGCCUAGCUCCUAUUUCAACUACGUCGAAUACAACCCCGAGUUUAUUAGACAUGCUUAUUCCGACCCAGCAGUGACUGAUGAAGAACCUCACAUUUGGAUCGCUAGAGAUCCGAUGGGAUUAUCCGAGAUUGAAAAGAAUAAAGCUUUGAAGGAAGGGGUUGAUGUCACUGAUGAGAAUGCAACGUUUGACGAUAAAGGAAAGCUCAUAUUCACUGGGCCACCUCCCACUUAUGAGGAAGCAAUCAGAGUUUAG